UAUUGCUUCCUUUUGUUCAAAUGGAAAAGCUUCGUGAUCUUGUUACGAUUCUUCUAAUCCUUGCUCUAUCAUUUCAUGAAGGGAAGGUAAUAGCUUUGAGAAGCCAUGAUGGAUUAGAGGAAUGGGGAUACGUUGAAGUCAGACCUAAAGCCCAUAUGUUCUGGUGGCUUUACAAAAGUCCCUACAGAGUGGAAGAUCCCUCCAAGCCAUGGCCAAUCAUUCUCUGGUUGCAAGGAGGACCCGGCGGUUCUGGAGUUGGGGUGGGAAACUUCCAAGAGAUUGGGCCAUUGGACACCAGCUUGAAGCCACGAAAUUCAACAUGGUUGAGAAAAGCAGAUCUAUUGUUUGUGGAAAAUCCAGUUGGAACAGGGUACAGCUUUGUGGAGGAUAAUAAACUCUUUGUGAAAACUGAUGAGGAAGCAGCCACUGACUUAACUACAUUGUUAAUUAAGAUUUUCAAAAGGGAUAAAAAACUCCAAAAAAGUCCUCUGUUCAUCUUUGCAGAGUCUUAUGGUGGCAAAUUUGCUGUCACACUUGGAUUAUCUGCUCUGAAAGCUAUUGAAAAUAAUAAAUUGAAGCUUAAACUUGGAGGUGUGGCAUUAGGAAACAGUUGGAUCUCUGCAGAAGACUAUGUGUUAUCAUGGGGUCCUGUCCUUAAAGACGUCUCUCGUCUUGAUGAUAAUGGAUUGGAAAAAUCAAAUAGAGUAGCUCGGAAGAUCAAACAACAACUUAAGGACGGUAAAUUUGUGGAUGCUACCAAUUCAUGGAGCGAACUUGAGUCCCUGAUCGAAGAUAGCAGCAACAAUGUGAACUUCUAUAAUUUCUUGUCGGACGAUGGAAGUGAUCUAUCCAUAACCUCAUCAGCAAUGGAGCAAGGGCUAUUCAAAGAAGUCACAAUGAGACGGUACUCUAGCUAUCUUACUCCCGGUGGUGAUGUUGAUAUUCACGAGUUACUAAAUGGUGUCAUCAAGAAAAAGUUAAAAAUUAUCCCUAAGAACGUUACAUGGGGAGGGCAAGCCGAUCAUGUUUUCAAAAAUUUUGAAGGUGAUUUUAUGAAGCCAAGAAUUCACGAGGUUGAUAAGCUGCUGGCUAAGGGGGUCAAUGUGACUGUGUACAACGGACAACUUGAUUUGAUUUGCGCAACCAAGGGGACUGAAGCUUGGCUUAAGAAACUCAAGUGGGAAGGGCUUGAAAAUUUCUUGAGGAAAGAUAGAACACCCCUUUACUGUGGAAGUGACAAAACGACCAAAGGCUUUGCUAGAUCAUACAAAAACCUGCACUUCUAUUGGAUCCUUCGAGCUGGCCAUUUUGUACCCAGUGAUCAGCCCUGCGUGGCACUAGAAAUGGUUGGUGCAGUCACACAAUCACCAGCAACUUGAAGCUAGCUUGCAUAAUAAGAAGGAAAUUGCUAUAUUUGUAAAAUUAAAAAAAAUGUAAAAGAAACAGAAAUCAUCAUCUAUUAAUCAAGAAAGACAGAACAUACAAAGUCCAAUUGUUGGUGCUCCUCUGGUUCGA